AAAAGCUGUUAAGAAGUUGCGAAACCCAACGGGAUUGUGAGCGAAAUUUAGCUUUACAUCUGCUAAGAAAUUGCAAAAGUCAGCUGAAAAGCUGCAGAAGUUUGCUUAAAGGCUAAAAUGCCUAAUUGUUGUUAAGAAGUUGCAAGAGUAUGCUAUGAAGUUAGGCCGUUUUGCCGAGAAAGUAGAUUUGCCGAAUUCGCCGAGCUCGGCAUAUUUCGAAAUUCAUCAAAAAAUCAAAAUUUUUGGUGUUUGAGUUUCAUAAGCACCGCAAAUUUGCCAAAUUCGCCGACUUUACCGAGCUCGGCAAAUUAAAAAAAAAAAUUUGCCGCACACCCCUGCUCCGAACACAUGUCUGGCGUAGUUUAAAGGUCAACAGCUGCUCUCCCCUCUGCCUGACCUACCUACUGUGCUCAUUUACAUAUCUCCCUCUUCUCCCCUCACUCAGUCGCCGCUCUUCAUGUAUCUCCUACCUUCUUCCUGCGAAGAAUUCCAAAAAAUAAACAGAAAGUACGUAACUCUCUCUCUUCUAAUCUAUAAUUUCUACUUUAAUCUUGCUCUCGGAACAAUCAAUUGCUUUCAUUUCAUCAAAGCUUCCUAUCUGGGCCACGAUACACCUCAAGCUACUUUUCGUGAGAUCAUCGGGAACAAAGAAUAUCGCGGCAAUUUUUGGAAAGUAAUUUUUGCUGCCGGUGUUGUAGCAAUUCUAGCAUAUUUGAAAUUUCACAAUAGAAAGCAGUACACAAUCGAAAGCUACUGCUACAAAAGGUAUUUCAUGGCAGGUGCACUGAUUUGGUUGAACAUCUUAUUCGCCGGAAAAAGCAUUAUUGGUUUGUAUUCCAGUUGGGCAAGUGAAAUUGUCACCAAGCAAAUCUUCGCUAUCAUGUUCUACUCGGCGUACAGACAUACUGAUCUAUUUGCCGAAACAGAAUCUCCAAUUCACUAUAGCUUGCCAAAAUCCACAAAGAUUACCGAUUCUCAAAAACGAAUUAUGAUCCUCUUCCUCACUAUCUCCGGAGCCUUUUUCAUUGGCCUCAGCUUCAUUAACUUGGAUCAAUUCCCAGAUGCGUAUGAAGGCUUGGCCUUUUACUAUACAACUCGAUAUUUCUGCCCCAUCAUCAAUAUCCUCGCAAUUCCAAUUGUCUACGUGGCUUUCUUGGCUUAUAACUCUGAUGAAUUUGAAUUUGAGUUCAGUGGAGUGGAACCUACAAGUGGAAAAUUUUGGUAUGGCGUGUGCAGAUGGAAUGAAAAAUUGGGAGAAUGGGACUAUGUGGAGACAGUUUCACCUUCAAAAUCUUAAAUUUAUGCCAUGUUUCCUUUUUUUUCCUGGAAUUAUUUAUAUUAAAUUUGGAAAAUUUUAUUGUUUCAAGGAUAAACUGCGCAGCCAAA